AUGGGAUUCGAUGAGGGACAGAUAAUUUUAGACAGUGAAAAUGGUGCAUAUUAUGCUGGCCAAACUGUUUUUGGGCGAAUGGUCUUCUCCCAGGAUAAAGUUAAAACUAUUCAUGGGAUCUAUGUGGAUAUGAAAGGUUUCUGCAAAGUGCACUGGUCUACUUCACACACACGCAGAGUAAAUAAUCGCACUCAACACUACACUGUGAACCACGACUCACAUGAAGAAUACUUCAGAAGUAAACGAUACUUGAUUGGCAGUGAAGAUGGUGAACACCACCUUCAGCCAGGUAGCCAUGAGUUCAGGUUCGACUGUCCCAUCCCGAUCAACUGCCCCUCAUCAUUCGAAGGUUCCUAUGGACACAUCAGAUACAGAAUCAAGGUGGUCAUGGUCACCAAAGGAAUGUUCUCUUUUAACAAGGACAAGAUGGUGCCCAUCAAAGUCCACGCCCCGUUGGACUUGAACCAGAAUCCUUAUUGUAGGGAACCGAUGGAGUUUGACCUGUCGAGCUCAUAUUGUUGUUGGUGUGUAAGUGCUGGCCACUCGGAGGUGAUGGUGAGGAUGCCAGUCAGUGGGUACUGUCCCGGGCAGAUCAUACCCAUGGAAGUAUCCUGCAAGAACGAGAGCAACGUCGAAAUUGAUGAGAUUAAGUUCGCUAUUAAAAAGGACGUGCAAUACAUCGCAUCAUACGAACCGGGGACUCGUAACGAUCACGACACGGUGGCAGAAAUAAAGAAGGGACCCAUACCCGGCCGCACCACGCGGAACUGGACCAUAGAGAUGGAAGUACCUACUAUGGACAUAUACAAUGUCAACGCCUGCCGGUAUAUUGAUAUUAAUUAUCAUUUCAAGGUGUCGACUGAAGUGGGCGGAUGCCACGAUGAUUCCGAAGAGGUCCGCCCAAUAAUAUUCGGCACUAUUCCCUUACAAGGAUUUCAAGAUAACGUGCAAAACCCACUUCAAGAUCAAUUGCCUCAAGUCAAUAUCCAAAACGUUCAAAAUACUUACCCUCCACCACCCGUCAUGAAUCAACCACAGCCUAACCCGCCUUACACUAAUGGGUACCCCAACCCUUACCCUAAUAACUCGCCUUACCCUGGUGCUCCUGGUUAUCCAACUACUCCUGUUAUGGGCGGUAGAACCUCCCCGUACCCUGGAAAUCAACCUAUUGUUUCUCCGUACCCACCAAAUCAGCCUUAUCCUGGCGCUUCACCUUACCCUGGAGGACCAUCGCCUUACCCUGGAGGACCAUCGCCUUACCCUAGUAAUACUCCUUACUCAACGGACAAUGGUCCAAACCAAGCGCCGCCGUAUCCGGAUGCUGCACCCCCUUACCCUGGCGUACCCGGCGCCUCGCCCCCUUAUACUGGCGUACCCAGCGCUGCGCCCCCUUACCCUGGCGUAACUACAACGACGUUGGUGAAAACUGGCAACAUGGGAUUCUCGGCAGUACAGGGUGGAGACCCCGCCGCCAUGCCAUUGUUACCCCAAGGAGCCAACGUGCCUUAUCCUACUAGCCCCCCGUCGAACCCAUAUGCGACUGCGUCGGCGCCUGUCCCACCCACACCCGGUACAGAUGAAAAAAAACCACCAUUGGCUGUACCAGAAGAAACUUCAGCCGCUCCGCCGUACAACCCAGAAUUCAUGAAGGAAGAUGAGAAAAAAGAUCAGAAAGUUGACAAACCAAACUAA